GUUUACCAUCAAAAUCGUCGAUAACAUCCGAUACAAAGUGGAAGAGAUCAAGAAUUGAUAGAAUACAACAAAAUUUUUGAAAUACUACGGAAGAAACUUCGAAACAAAUAUGAACAACUUGAUUUUCAUUGCAAUCGUCUGCUUAUUCGCUAUGCUGUUUGUGCAUAACAGUAACGGAGCUUCUGUGUCAAAGCCAGGAAAUGAAGAGGGAACAACCACAUCUAUGAAAGUUAAAACGGUUGCAAAAUACGGAUUCGAUGUUCUCAAAAUCUGCAAAGUAUUUUGCAAAUGGAAUCCUAAGACACAAAAAUACAAAGGAAACUGUGACAAGACCAAAUUUACAAGGGCAUGCAAUAUAUGUAGAGAUGAUAUCGGAUGCGACAAGAUCAAUAGUGGUGGAUUAUUUGGCUAGGGUUACAAAUAGCGACUGCCAGAACAGCGACUGUUAAUAGGGCGACCACACGACAGCGAUUAAUUUAAAACAGGACUAUCAAUACAGAGACUGCAAGACAGCGAAUCAUUUGAAACAGCGACUGCAACAACAGCGACAUCACUGCCUUUAUUAAAUCCAAGGCUUAUGCGAACACAUACACAUUCCAUCCCCCACACCCUAACUUUGUUUUGUCAUUCCUGUACAAAAAGCCUUCAUGGCAUAUCAUGUCACUUCCUUUUCUUAAAGUUAUGAAAUCCAUUGGGCCAAAUUUUUCAAACGACCUUAAAAUGAAUGUGACACGACAUAGCGUUACCUUUCAACGACCGACCAGGAAAUUCGACUCAGUGAAUUCAACUCAGUGAACACGAGUUAAGUCGCUGUUUCAAUACGUUCGACAUUAUGACAGUCGCUGUUUUGACAGUCCGGCCUGGAUACCGGAAUAUUCUAAUUCUAUUUUUUUACCUGCUUUUACUUCAAAGUUCAAUCAUACAUUAAAAUGCGAUACAUUUAACAGACUUUUCAAAGAAAUUCUUCAUAACUUUUAUAAACGCGGGGUUAUUUGAAAACCUAUCUUAUAUUUUUAUUAAUGCUAUUUAUUGUUCAUAUUUAGCUAUUUUAUUACAAGAAGUUCAAUUCUAUUUCAUUUUCGAACAUUUAAAAUGCACAUAUUAGCUAUAGCAGACUUUUUUUUUAAAUAUGUCAGUGUUUUAUUUUUAUUUUUCUCUUCAAUGCAAGUGUUUAAUGUUUAAUGUUUAAUUUAAUAAGUAUUAUUUAUUUAUCCUUAAUUUAUGUCCUUAUGUGAUAAUAAACUACUAUAAUUAUAUCC